CUUGGCAAACUUCCGUCUCGGCCCACCAAUAGGCAGAUGCCGGGUGCAGCCGCCUGGCAGCUGGUGGGCAAAAAAUGAAGAGAAUCUCCUAUAUCGCUCGUUUCCUUCACACAAAUCAUAGAUGCGGUACAGCGGCCUAGGCUAUCUUACUCUAUAUCGACGGCUCGAUUUGUGAAAAUUUAGCGAACAAAGUAUACUGUCCAGUUGUCCACCGAGAUGUCACAACUCCUACCGCUAGACCUGAUGGAGCUCCAGCUCAGCCAGAUCGAUCUUCUCCUGGCCAUGUAUCCGGAGGAUGCUGAGCUCGAUGCAAACUCUGAGUCUGCGCGUGUUGAUCUCACGAACUGGAUUGGUGGCAAUAUAAUAGCGCCUGGAACCUGUGCUCCUUCCCUUUCUGUUUACCUUACUUUAGAUUUGUCAGAUGAGCUGAGCGAGCCUCCAGGUUCGCGUUCUGUAAUACUGGAUCUAAUCAUACCAACACAAUACGAGGGACCACAACCUCCAGAUGAGCCACCAGCUAUCCGUAUCAGAGUUAAGCAGCCGUCAUGGAUGAGCAAGGCAGAAGUGACAAGUCUGCAGUACGAAAUUCCAAGCGAAGACAUGCUGAGUGCGAUUGAAUUUGUCAAGGAGGCUUGCUUGCGUCACAUUGAGUCCACCAAGAACAACAUAGCAAAAGAAACCGCAACGACAAGUACUGAGCCUCUGGUACGUGUCUGGUUCUACUUCCCGUCAAUCAGCACACGCUCGAAACGAGACGACCUGAUCAACCAUGGACCUUCGUACGGGCUGAGUGGUUUCCUCCUGGCUGGCAAACCGGGGAUUCUCUGUUUAGAGGGAGGAUCCAAGAGCAUCGAUGAUUACAUGAAGUUCAUCAAGACGGAUAGUUGGGGCGACAUUCCAGCUCAUCACAAAAAGGUCAGCGAGCGACACAGGGACACAGGCGAUAUCAAACGCGUCUUUAAAGGCAUGCAGGAGAUUACAGACCUCUUAGGCGAGCGAAGGGGUGAGAGGGCGAACCGAAAUGACAUGAAGGCGGUGGAAACAUGGUUGGACGAAAGAGGCCUAGGAGACGCAUUCAAGAAGGUGUUGAUGUGAUGCGAGUAUGAAGUGUCAGCAGCCAUUGCUGUCUGCUAAUACUGAUGUUCGUUGCUACCGCAAUGAAUUCUGCAUCGUGAGAUUGCCAUGCCGACACUAUAGAAAUGUGCAGUUUGCAGGCGUAUUGGGCACCAGCUUCUCCAAUUUGUGCACGCGGCCGUGGGUAAAGUGACCCCCACGACGUGAGUAAAUCGGACGUCCGGCCAGCUGCAAGUAAAGUAAUUGAGCU